AUGUUUGUAAAUGAGUCGCUGGAGAGCCAAAUAAAACAUCUCCUGGCACUCGACCGGGAACAAGAUGAUGACGAAAUAGAUUACGGGGACGGAGAAGGACAGAGCGUCAUUCAAGCUGCGAUGGAUAAAUACCGAGCGCAGCUGGAGGACAUGUUUGCCAAAGGCAUCCAGCGACGUACUCGCGGACAGAGAAAAUUCAAGCCGAAGCCCAGUGGUUGGGACAGUGAGUUUGAUGGCCCUUGGGAAGACCAACCUGGUGCUCUAAUCAUCUCGGAUAAUGAAGCCGAUGAAGAUGUGGAUGAGAACGCUCCUCCCCGGAGAGGGGCUGCAACCUCCACGGGACGAGGCAGAGGUCGAGGAGGCAGCACCUCAAGGGGAUCUGCAUCGCGAGCUACAAAUACGCGCAAAAAAGCUUCCCCCGCUCCCCCUCCCGCUCCCCCUCCCGCUCCCAGCACCAAAACUCGCACCAGUCGUUAUCAAACCGUAUCGGAUCACGAUGGGGAGGAUGAGGAAGGAGAUGCAAUUAUGCUAGACGACAUCAAUGAAGAUGAAGAGGGUGACUCCGACUCUCUAUUCGUUCGACAAACUCCUGCUUCUUGUUGA